UCACUUCCUUCUGAAAGUGUGUUGCAGUCAACAACAACAUUCCGUGGUGGUGACAGUAGGUUUUUUGAGCACAAAAUUGGAACACGAGAGGUUUGAAGAUGGAUUCCCCAACUGCUGCAGCCUGGACCAAGGCUCUACUUCUUCUCGUGGUUACACUGGUGGCCCAGGCCCAACCAGAUCAAGAGUUCAGCUAUAGUUUCCCACAAAACUGGGGCGGCGACUGCACAUAUGGCAAUGUUCAGUCGCCGAUAAACAUUCCACGAGCCACUUCGCUAGUGGAUACAAGUCUGCCAGUUAAUCCUAUUACAAACUACACACGUAAUGCAGGAAAACUAUACAACAAUGGCUACAGUCCAGAAAUUGUUCCAAAGCAUCCAGGAGGUUUCGGCACCUUAACGAUAGAUGGUAAGGUUUACAAGGUGAUCAAUGUCCACUUUCAUCAACCAGCUGAGCAUACAAUCAACGUCUUCAUCAGGUAUGCUUUGGAAAUGCAUAUUGAACAUCAAAGCGCCAACGGAGAUAUAGCCAUGCUUGCGGUGUUUUUUACGCAGGGUUCGACCCCUAGCUCAUUCUUGGAAAAGUUCCUGGACCUUCUGCCGGAGAUUUCUGAAUCUGGCUCGACACCGAUUGCAGUCAACCUGAAGCUGGAUAAACCAGUGGGCAAGUAUGCUCGUUAUACUGGAUCCUUGAGUACGCCACCUUGCACUGAGGGCGUGAAGUGGAUUGUCAUGCUUGACCCUAUCACGAUGACCAGGAAUCAGUUAGACCGAUACAGGGCCAGCUUCCCAACACCAAGCGCAAGAUUCCUGAAGCCAAUUAAUGGAAGAGUCAUCAGGCUGUCUCCAUAGUUGGUAUAAUUUUGAUAUCAGCCACCUUAGAGACGAUGGCCAAAAACCGUAUUCUGAAGACUCUAAAAUGAGGCUUACGGAAUAUGCGCGGCUUAUCUCUGUAACAGGAUUACUAGUAACGAAAGAAUUGGAAGCCAUUGGGUCUGAAAGAAACGGCAUGAGCAGCCUGUAUAACUGUUAAUAAAGCAAGCUUCUCAAGUACAAUGAAGGAGUUAUAAUGUAUUUGGUGCACCGUAGGUCCAACUUUUCUUCUUCUGAUACAUUCUUACAACGGUCUGACCAGUGUAAUCAA